UAACCGAUUAUGACGUUCGAACGCAAGCUCCCCACAGCGCUGUUUGCCUCCCUGAAAACUGCCUGGUAGCAGGCGUCAAACGGAAGUGGCGCCAAGUUUAGCAGUUUGUGAACGUCAACUGGUAUUGUCAACAUACUCCAUGAUGAACUUCAUAACAUCAGUGAUUGUAGCCUGUGUGGCUGCUAUGUGGAUCAUCCCAAUGGCAGAGGGUGAUUGUGACUUAAUAGCCUGUACAGUUCCACCCGCUUCUAUGAACAGCACAUCAAAUGACACAAGUGCUUUCUGUGCGCAGCAGAACGCCUACUAUAGAUGUCUGAGGGAUGAAUCAUCAUCAUGUAGCCUUUUUGCCAAAAUUAUCUUCGAUGUCGCCAUCACAGCUGUGAAAACUGUAAUUGAGAAUCUCGACAAUUGUGAACUUACAAGUGGUGCCUCGAUGACUACUUCUUCAGUGGCGCUGUACAUGGUGUUUGUGGCAAUCUCAUUGUCUCUGUGGCAUUAGCAACACAGGGUCAAUAUCAUCCAAAAAAUAUGCAUCAUGGCUCAGGCACAUAAUGUUG